GUACACUUUGUAUUAGGGGGAGUUUCAUUCAAACGUUUAACGUUUUAAACAUCAAAUUUACGUCAAGUUUGAAGAUUCAGGUGUGUGUGUCUGCAAAGCGGAACUGCUUGAAAUGAAAAAGUUGAUUACUUCCAAACCUGUAGCGAACCGAAAGUGUUAUCCGCAGAGGCAAAUACAAUGUCCAAAAACACUACUUACCAAUAACUGGUUGAUUAGAAACGAUUCCUCUAGUAUCCAAGCUAUUCUGCAUCCAGAUCAACAACAUAAACAAUGCAGAAAACAAAUAAAAAAUGUUUUAGACGAUUCUGUAAUGAAAAAAGAAGUAGCUUACAAAAAACAGCUAAAGAGUUCCAAUACCUGUUAUUGCAAAGAAAAAGCAACACAACCUACUUUAUUUAGAAGACCCAAUAAAUGUCUGUCUCUAGAAGAAUUUGAACAAAAAUUAAAGAAUAGUGAUUUACUAAAUGGAUUAUUAAAGGCUAGAGCAUCGUUAAAUUGCUAUUGUAAAGGUACUCAAGCCUCUGCUCAACAUAUAGAUCUGUCUGAUAUAGAAACAUUAAGAAAAUUCCAGAAUGAAAUAGACGAACUAAACGACAUACUACCAAUAACAGAGCAACGAGAAGAUUACGAAAUCUAUAGAGAUCUAGAGCACGAAAAAUAUUUAAAAGAAAUCGCAGAAUACGAAGAUCAAGAAGAAAAUAAAUAUGUUUACGAAUCUGAAGGUGAAGAUGAUAUACGGACAAUCAUGGGAACUGUUAGAUCUAAUCCAAAAGGACAUUCCAGCAGAUUUAUCAGAGAUGGUUUGACUGGUUCGGAUCUUGAACAUUUUGAAAAUACCGAAUCAUAUGGUGAUGUAGAUUCAGCACCCGAUUCUCGCCAAUUAAAAUAUAGCAAAUUAAGAUCGAAAAAAACCUUAGAUACGUCCCCUAACACCAGAAGAACCAAGACUUCUACUGGAGCAAGUUCAGGAUACGGCUGUGGCAGUAUAGCGAAUGGCAGUAUGGAUUUUCAAAAAAUAAGAAAAUUUAGGGAUGAUAAUUAUUUCGAAACACAUGAAAUCGAUGAAUGUGUUGGGACGGAUAUACCCGAACAUAUAUGCGUUCAUCAGUACAGGUUGGAUGACAGAUUAUUGCCUCAAGCUGUUAUUAUGGAUCGUUUUGGUAAAAGCAGAUGUAUAAUUUGCAAUAAACCAAUAGAAAAUACUCCUUGGAUUGAAAAAUCUAUUUUCACCGACAAAAUUACCAGAGGAAAAUUGAAAAAAUUGUCUAAAUGCAUCGAACUAGGCCUAGCGCCACACGAUAUCAAUAUCGGUACUUCAGAAAAGAUUGAAUUGAAAAUAAAAAUGGACGAUUUUAUGAGAUUCGGCAGAUUCAUAGGAAGUUAUAAGAGACCUUGCAACAUCAAUACGUUUGCAUUGAGACAACAAAAAAUGGCGUAUUGGAGACUAUAAAACUUAUAUUAUGUCAAUAGCUACGUGGUGACAAAAAAAGUUGUUAAAUUGAUUUGCUUUUUUAAAUAAUUAAUCUGGUAAACUACGAUUUUGCAUCUUAAAAAUGUAAAUUUUACCUGACCGAAAAAGGGUAGGUAUAGUAGACACUGAUUUCGGCUAUAAGAUCUACACCGAAUAUAAGUAAAUCUAAUUUGGUAAUAUUGUUUAAAGGCAGAGCUGGGUAAUUACAUGUACUUUAAAAAUAAUUACAAUUACAAAGUACUUUUUCAAACAAGGAAUUAAUUACAAGUACAAAGUACAUGCUGUAAAAAUGGGAAUUAUAUUGAUUUAAUUACAAUUACAAGAAAAAACAAAUUAGCAAUUACUUUUAUAAUUAUUUUUAUAAUUACUUUUAUAAUUACUUUUAUAAUUACUUUUAUAAUUACUUUUAUAAUUACUUUUAUAAUGGAUUUUAUAAUUACUUUUAUAAUUACUUUUAUAAUUACUUUGGUGCUAAAACAACAAAUUAUGAUAAAAUUGAGGAACACGGCACAAAUAAAUAGGUAAUAGGUAAUUCAAAGUGUCAAACUAACAGUUGUUUGAAACGACUUUCUUAAGGAUCCCUUAGAGUUAAAGAUAUCUUAAGGGCGGGUUGUAUAUAUUUUACUUAAAGAUAAACUCGGUUUGAGGUGACACAUGACAAGUUUUGUAUGGCAUAGGUACAGUCUAAACACCAUUUAGCACUUAGGGCUUGUUUCCCCAAACAUUAGACUGCACAUAAAGCAUCGGAAAUUGACAUAUAUCACCUAAAACUGAGCAUUAUACAACCAGCCCUAAGUGUAUUGUUUUCUGUACCAUUUAAGGUCUUUUUAACUUAAGGGAAAAGACAAAAUCGAUAAAUAAUAUAAAAAAUAAAGCAGGUAAGUUAAUAAUAAAAUAUGAACUUUAAAAAGUUUAUUGGUUUAGAACAAAAAUACAAAAGUUUGUGUACCUAUUAAUAGGUAAUAAUAGUUAACACUAAACAUUUUAUUUACAUUCGGUGCAGUAAUUAACUCUUGUCAAAAAUUAUGUGAUACCUUUUUAUUUUUGUCGUUUAAGCUUGGGAUACUUCAUAAAACAUAUUUUUUAACAAGAGUAUACCACAGAAUGUAAGAAAAAUAUAUAUGUUUUUGCAAAAAUUAAUGACGCCUGAUUUGCAAGAUCUAGUUAUAAUUAUAAUAAAAUGUUUAAAUUAUUACUUUUUAUAAUAAAAAGUUUCUCAAAAUUUCUGUCGGAUAGCGCAUGCCUUCUGGGAGCAUUGACAAUUGUGGCAAAAGAGAAUAAACACUCAACAGACCCAGAAAAAGAAAGUGCCGUAUUGUAUUUAGAAAACACUUUUUUCAUCAAGGAGUAGCUAUAUAGUAUCGUAAUAUUUUUUCUUAAAUCAUUGAGAUAUUAUAACACUUCUAACUGUACCCCAUUUUUUUGUACAACCGAAUGUGUUACGCCUUCAUUGAAAUUAAAAAAGUCUUUAUUUAUAAUAUAUUUGGUUGUAGUACUAAUAAAAUUAGCUUUCAAAUGAAGUAUCACACUUUACCAUAGGUAAUAAUUUUUUAUCCCGCUAGAGGGUCAUAUUGCUGAAUUCGCCAUAAAGUUACCUUUCCGAUGUGUCGUACUUAGUAUUGGUUAGAUUGACAUAGAGGAGAGAAAGUAUAUGUGCCACUUGAGGAUAUUGUAGAAAGGUGUUCCUCUUGAAGUAAAAAUUGACCUGUUUUGGGUUCCUUUAAAAAUAAAAUCUACUUCAAGUUAUUCUGAGAUACGGCCGGUCCCCACCCUUAAUGAUUCACCCUGUACAUAAUAUUAAAUUUAUAUUGAAUAAUAUAAAAUGUAUCGUUCUGUAUCUCGUUCGUACAAACAAAAAUGAGACACAGUUUACUCAAAUUUGGUUAUACAUCUACAUCAUCAAAUAAUUUCUUAUAACAUAAAAUAUAUUUAUAUUCCGUUACAAGUGUUAUUAAUUUAAUUAAAACAUUGCAUUUUUUAUGUUUAAAUCAAAUACUUGUAACGGUGAAGUAACGUUUAUUAAAAUAGUUAGUCCUUCAUUUCAAUGUAGAAAACUAGAAUAAUAACUAGAAAUACCUACGCAACGUAAAUAAAUAGUUUUUAGUAUUAACGCCAUAAAAACUGCUAUUUGCACUACUUCAUACUAUAUUUCCUUAGUUUAUAAUGUUUAUUCAACAUAAAUUAUGUUUAUAAUAAAAUAAAUAAAAAAUACAUCUUAUAAAUAAGGAUAUCUGCAUCUACUUACGCCUUACUGUUAUUAUUUUGAGUUGAACAAUUUUACUGCUUCACGGCACAACGCUUUCCUCAAAUGCAUUCAAACACAUGAUAUAAAUAUAAAUGCGAGUCCGAGCUCUAGUGACCUAUUUAAAUAGGAAAUUUCUUGUUUUUAUAUCACAUGCAGCGUAUAAGCAAGCAUUUAAAAGUAAUUGUAAUUAAAAAAUAUAAUUGUACUUAUAAAUAUAAUUGUAAUUGGAAAAGUAAUUGUAAUUGAAAAAGUAAUUGUACUUAUGACAAGUAAUUGUAUUUAGACAAUUUAAAUAAUACAAAUAUAUAUAAUUACAAAGUACAAUUUCUCCACAGAUUUUGCUGUAAUUACAAUUCCAAAUUACUUUAAAAAAAGUACUUAAAUACAAUUACAAAUUACAUGUAAAAAAGUAAUUGUAAUUAUUAAUUACUUUUUAACUAGGAAUUACCCAGCUCUGUUUAAAGGUACCUAAGCAGCCAUAAAACCAUCAAAUGGUAUCCGACCGAAGGUUCAGUUUUUGUUUCGGUUUCAGCUAGUUUGCUUAAAAUAAGAGUUUCGGCUAUAGUUUUGGUUUCGGCGGAAAACUUGCUGAAACUGCAGCUGUAACCGGAACUACUUUUCUUUUUUAUCUUUUACGGUGUUCGGCACCACGUUUUCUCUUUCAUAAAAAAUUAAAUUUUUUAUUUUUGAUAGUUUUUAUAUCUUUGUUGGCAACUCCAUAAAUUCGUAAUUAUAAUACCUAUUAACACCACUUGCUACUUUGUAAUUCACUUACCAUAUUUAAUUUCAAAAAGUAAUAAUUUAUUUAAACUACUUUUUUAAUAAUAUAAAUAAAUAGGUAAUAAGUGUAGCUAAAAUUUACAAUAAAAGUAGUCUGAAACUAAAGGAACUUUCUGUUUCGGUUCCGGUCAAAAUUAAGACAGUAGCCGAAAUUCGGUUUCGGUUGUAAAACUUUGUUUCGGUCGGACACUAUCAUCAAACAACUUUAAACUGAAUACCAGGACCCCUUAUUAUAUUCGGACAAGGAUAUUUCAAAAAAUUAUUAAUUUAAAAAUUUUGGCAAAUUAAAUAAGGUAAUAUUAUCUUGUUUCCGAGUAAAAAUCAAAGAGCUUUAAAUUUUGAAAUAUAAAAAUGAAAAUAAAUGCAUUCCUCAACAGCACUAUUCUUAAUAUAAUCCCGAAAUUUGAGUGCUUAACCUGUUAACCGAGCGGGACGUAUAAAUACGUCAAAAGUAAACAAUAUCGGGUACGGGUAGGACAUAUGAAUACGUCCUCGAUAUUUAUAUUGCGCCCUGGAACGGGCGGGACUUAUAGUUUACUACUACUAUGGUAAUACGUCAUUCAUACAUGUCUUGACUUGAAAUUAAUACGCGGAUGGAUUCAGUAUGAUUUCGCUACCACGAGUGAUAAGGCGUGUUUCGUGUGAGCAGUGACACAGUGACGGGUACGUACUUGCACUAUUAUUAUUUAUUUUACAAUUAAAUCCUUACAAAUAAAUACAAUGGCUAUGAAAAAUGUUUCGUAUUAUAUUUUAUUUAUAUUUCCAACUUUUUAUAUAUAUAUAUAUAUUUUUUUUAUUUUUUUAGUUACCAUCAAAAUGAGUGAGAGCGUUAUCAGCGAUGACGAAAUAAAUAUACCGGCAAGUAAAAGAAGGAGACGUAUAAUGAGUUCCUCAUCGGAAUCCUCUUAUAGUGGUCAUGACUAUGACACAGAUUUGAGCGACAUUGAGAGUGAAGAUGAUGAAGAAGUUAGUCUUAGACACAUUAGUGAAGAAUGGGUGCCUCAAAAUGCCGAGAGACCACCAUUUCCCUUCACUGCACAGCCGGGAAAAAUGUUCAAUACUCCUCCAAAAAAGUUCCUGUGUUUUAUUUAGAGAAGUUUUUAGAUGACGACCUAAUAAAAACAAUUACGGAACAAACAAAUUUGUAUGCCGGCCAAUUUUUUGCCAAUAAUAAUUAUUGAAACACCCUUUUUUUACGAAACUAUGAGCGAAAACAGAUUUGGAUUAUUGUGUAAGAUUUUACAUUUUGCAGAUAAUCUAAGUUUUGAUCCUAACGUAUAAUUUGUCACAAAAGUUUAAAACAUUUUAUAUUUGUGAACGAGACAUAUGUGUAGACGAGUCUCUUUUAUUGUGGAAAGGGAAUUUGUCCUGGAAACAAUAUAUAGCAACGAAACGAGCUAGAUUUGGCAUGAAGUUAUUCAUUUUGAGUGAAGGUCAAUCUGGAUACGUCCAAAACAUUAUUUUAUACACAGGAAAGGACACAAACUAUGGUUCAAACUACCCACAAGAAAAACAAUCAUCAAGAAUUGUUUUGGAGUUAACACAUGAUUUACUGAAUAAAGGGUAUAGGAUUUACUUGGAUAAUUUCUAUACUUCAAUUCCUUUGGCUGAAGUCUUGUGUCAAAACAAUACAGACAUUGUUGGAACAAUGAGAAUAAACAGAGUCGGAAUCCCCAGUGAAAUAAAAAAAUUGGAAAAAAAUUAACAUAUCGUAAGAUUCAAAGGCAAACUAAUGGUUUUAAAGUGGAAGGAUAAGAAAGACGUAUUGAUGCUCAGUUCUAUUCAUAAUGACGAAAGGACAAUGAUAGAAAACAGAGGAAGAAGACAAGAAAAACCGAACGUUAUCCUGGAUUACAACAAGAAUAUGGGUGGUGUAGAUUUGGGAGAUGGAAUUAUUGUGGCCUACACGGCUGCUCGCAAUAGGAUAAAAAAAAAUUUACAAAAAAAUUUUUCUACGAUUACUUGAUAUGUGCGGCCUAAACGCAUACAUUUUGUACAAAAAGGAUAGAGGUCAAUUAGAUUGAUUACACUUUUUGAUAGAAUGUGUAGAAAAAAUAGUUAAAAAUAAUAUUGUUAGCACCCACCCAAAACCAUCAACCAGCAACUCCACACCAAAACCAGCACGCUUAGUGGGAAGACAUUUCCCUGAGCAAAUGAAAAGUGAUACCGGAAAAACUAAAUCCAGGAAAUGUCGGGUUUGUUACAAAAAAGGCGCUAGAAAAGAAUCAACAUACUGGUGUCCUGAUUGUGCUGUAGCAUUAUGUAUCAAUAAUUGUUUUAAAAUAUAUCACACAGAAAUUGAGUUUUGAAUUUUAUAUAAUUGUACCUACCUAUAUUUUUGAUCUCUUUUUUAUUCAGUAUUCCUAUUGUGUUUUGUGCUUUUACUAGCUCCGUAAUUGUUUUUAAUAUUUGUUGAUUUGUAUCUAAAUUAUAUACGAGAUUGAUAAUGUUUUCGAAUGUUUUUAAUAUUUGUUGAUUUUUAUCUAAAUUGUAUACGAGAUUGAUGAUGUUUGCGCAUGUGCCGGUAUUUUUUUAUAUUUGUUUGAAACUUUGUUUUUUUUUUCAUUGUAUUUCAUAAAUAUUAAUAAACAAUUAAAUAUAUAUUUCACGAUUUUUCAUUUAUUUUAAUUAUGAAUAAAAAAAUAUAGUAAUAUGAAAUUACAUUCUCCGGGCGUGACGUAAUGACACGUCUUAGUGGAAAAAGACGCGCCCGUUAUAUGUUGCGUAAUUAGAAAGGGAUUUCCCCGGUUAACAGGUUAAUGUCUUGUUAAUGAUUUUUUAAAAUUCGCCAAAAUUAGUGGCUAAAACGCGUCGUUAAGUGCUGCUUUCUGGUGUAACGCGCCUGUAAUUAUCGUAUCGUACACUCUCAGUCAUCAUUCGUUUCUUGCAACGAUUUACACCAGUUUACAUCAGAAGAUAGCACUUAACGAGGCGUUUUAGCCACUAAUUUCGGCGAAUUUAAAAAAAUUAUUAACAAGACAUUAAGAGCUUACAUUUGAGGAUUAUAUUAACAAUAGUACUGUUGAGGAAUGCAUUUAAUUUCAUAUAUGUUUCAAAAUUUAAAGCCCUUUGAUUUUUUCUCGGAAACUGGAAGGAAUUAAAACUUCAAAAUAUAUGUAUAUUUCAGAUAUUAUUGCCUAAUUUAUUUUGCCAAAAUUUAAAUUUUUGAAAAAAUUUCUGGAGAUUAUUUAUGUCCGAAAAUAAUAAGGGGUGCUGUAAUCACAUUAAGUGCAGCUUAUUCAAUACCAGCUAAAGACCGUUUUAAGAUAGUUCGUUCUGACUUACUAGGUAUAAGCAUCGAGGGGAUAGUCAAGGGUAAUAUAUCAAGACCUUGAUAAUAUUCAGCUAUUUUUGUUGAAUCUAAAUCUUGAGAAAUUUUAAUAUCAAUUUGAUGAGACAUAACUUUUGGCAUUAAUGAUCUGAUAAGAGCCCGAGAGAUUUAAUCAACUGAUUAAUAAUGCCAAAAUUGGCAGAAUAUUAAUUAAGGUCGUGUUAUAUUUGGGACGACUAUUUCACUAGACCAAAUAUUGACUAUUUCUCUAGAGAAAUAGUCACUGAUAUUUGGUCUAGGGAAAUUUUGAUCGUAAAGUAAAUAACAGGGGCGUACCUUAAAGUUCGAUAGGAAUAAAAUUGUAAGAAUUUAAAAAUUUAAAUUUAAGCGUUUUUACCACUAUUGAAUAAUAAGCUAAUGGGAAUUUAAAAAAAAAAAUUAUUAAGAUAAAAUAAAUACGUGUUUAGUAAAAUGUUUAGCUGUUCAUAUCAAUUUAUAAUAACAUAGGUGCAAAAAUAAAUGCUUAAUAUUGAAAUGGAAGCAACUAUUAAAAUAAUACAAUCUAAGAAUAUAUGACACUAAAUCAUAAAUGUAGCAAAUUUUAGUUAAAUUUUUAAUAUUAAAACUGAAUUAAUUUGUUAUUUUCAGCUUAAUAUGUACAAAAAAUAGCUAGAAGUACUGAAAUUAAACUAAAAUAGGUACAAAAAUACGUAUAAAUUAUCACUAAUGCAAGUAAAAUUGUUUUAAAAAACUACACUAUGCUACAUUGCUACUAAAUCAUUUAUUUUAAUAAUGGUUUUUAACUGUUCCUUAAUUAGUUUAGGGAAAGGGAUUUAUCAAAAAAAAAUUUUUUAAUUUUAAAAAUCCAAAUAUUUAGACAUCUGAAUAUUAUUAGAAUCCACUUCGCAAAUCAUACUACAACUUUAAGACAAAUAUUUUUCAUUAUUUGUUCUAUGACAUUAAACAUUGUUUAACACAAAUUUUAAAUACUCAAGACGUACAGCUAACACAAACACACUAUUAAAUUAAAUUUACUAAAUACGCUCUUGAAAACUCCCAACACUUGAAAUUACCAUCUCGAUUGUCCUACUAAAGGUGCAUUUUGCAAGCAGCGAUUGUGGCGAUGAUCACUGAGCGAUAAUCGCGUUGAAUAAUCGUUUACAACUGCCAUCAUAUUUGCCCUAAGAUCACGCGAGGAGAUAAACUCACUAGCGUCUAUUGUUAUUAUCGCUCAUAGGAAAACGGAAGUAUGUAAAGAUCGCCUAGCAGUAGUCCACUAUGAUCAAUGUGCGAUCAUCGCUCAGCGAUCAUCGCCACAAUCGCUGCUUGCAAAACGCACCUUAAAUCUUUGAAUUUGACUGUUCAGCUGAAUGCGCGGCAGGAGAUGCGCAAACGUUCCAUUUAUUGCCAAGUAAAGUAGAGUAGUUUCGGGAAAUAUAGAGACAACUCCAUCCACAAUGCGUUGGAGUGGAAAACAUGGCAAUAUAUCCCGAAACUAUUCUAGGAAGCUGGUAGUGAAUAAGCUGUGAUGAAGAUUGAUCUAACAUUGUGUAUUGCUUAUACAGGAAUGAUAACGUAAUAAUGCAUUAUGCCUCGUUCACUAAAAUGAAGUAUAAUUUAGGUAUAAUUUGCCAAUAUUGUUUAUCCAAUUUAUUAUUUACAAAUGAAAAUUAUUAAAAAAAUUAGCCACAUUGUAGA